AUGGCCAACGAGGAGAGCGGAAGCCCCCUGCGAAGGUGGAGGCCAUUCUAUGGCGCUUUCGGCGCUAUCGACGACGCGAUCGAGAGGCAGGCGGCCACCCAGCGCCGCGUUCCGGGGUGGCCGGCCAACGUCGCCACAACUACAGCAGUCAAGGAGGAGCUCGACAAGCUCCCUGCUGAUGAUCGGAUCCCACACCAGGGCAUCUCUGCAGUGAUCGCUGAUGGCAACGCGCGAGAACACAAGGAGAAGUUGCACGUAAAGCCUGCUAAGAUGCUUCCCGCCGCCGAGGUACACAAGAAGAAGCUGCACAUGCCGCCGGCGAAGAUGUUUCCUACCGUCCCUGUCGCCGAGGCAUACAAGAAGAAGGUGUAUGUUCCAGCAGCGAAGAUGCCGCCGACCACAGCUACUGUGUCGACACCGAACAUGAGUGAGACCAAGAAGCCCGCAGUCGACGAGAGCAAGAAGAUGGAGGAUACAAAACGCAAGUUGCGUGAGGGUUACGAAGAGGCCAAGAAGAUCAAGCGUCAACACACCAUUCAGAAGAUCAACGGCAAGGAGGCAGCAAAGAUGUUUGAGCAAAAGCAACGGAAGAUGCAUCCCGUCGUACGAGGGAGAGGCCUAGCAGCCUGUAGGAUCUCCUCAGGCAUCAGGCAUUCGUUGCUUCCCUCUUUUCAGAUGAUUUAG